ACGCGGUUAUUCAUCGCGUUCACUAUUGGUAUUCAGCUGCAAAGGAAUUUGAUUAUCGUUUUGUUACCGGCAUUGAUCAUAGAAUUUUCAACGUCCUCUAAAAUAAUUAUAUUUCAUUUCAUUUUAUAAAAAAUAUUUAUCACAAUACACAAACAAAAUGUUUUGGGGAUUAAAUUUAAAACCCAAUCGUAAAUAUACGCAAAAAACCAGCAAACCUUUCCACAUUUCCUUGGCAUCUUUGGAAACCGAUUCAGUCUCGGACGAUGGUGCCAAUCAAAUUUACAUUAAUCACGAUAAUCAGAAAUUUUUGAUUUGCACGUUGCGCAAAGGAAAGUGCGAACAAGUUAUGCUGGAUUUGAAUUUCGGAGAAGGCGAUGAAAUAUGUUUCCAGAGCAUCGGUAGCGGUAAUGUAAGUUUGACUGGUUACCUCAUCGAUAAAUUCAAUUUCAUGGAUGAUGAAGAAGACUCUGAUUUAGAAGGAGAGGAAGAAGAAAUUCAAGACCUUCGUGAGGCAUUGAACAAAAAGGCUAGUGCCAAAAAGGGUAAUCAAAAGAAGCAAGCUGUUAGUAAUGAAGAAGAAGAGGAUGAUGAAGAUGAGGAUGACAGUGAUUUCAAUGGCGAAGGCUUAGAUGAAGUUGAGGAAGAUGACGAAGAGGGCGAUGAAGACGAUGAUGAUGAUGACGACGACGAAGAUGAUGAGGAUGAUGAUGAUGAGGAGGAAGACGAAGAAAGUGAAGAUGAAGAGGUCCAACAGCCUAAGGCCAAACAUCCUAAGUUGGAAAAACCGCAAAAGCAACAAAACGGUGUAGCAAAAGAAAUACCUACCGAAAAGAAGGGCAAAAAGGACAAGAAGGCAAACAAAAAUGAGCAACAAAAGCAACCGCAACAACAGAAAGCUGGUGGCGAACGUGUAAUAACAGGAGGUGUAAAAAUUGAGGAUAUUCGUGUAGGCAAUGGUCCAGAAGCCAAAAGUGGCAAACGAGCACAAGUGUAUUAUGAGGGAAGACUUAAGUCCAACAAUAAAGUUUUCGACAGUUUGAAAACGGGAGCAGGUUUCAAGUUUGGACUUGGUCGCGGUGAAGUAAUUAAAGGUUGGGAUGUUGGCGUAGUUGGCAUGAAGGUCGGAGGCAAACGUCGCAUUACUUGUCCACCACACAUGGCAUAUGGAGCACGUGGAUCCCCACCAACAAUUCCACCAAACAGCACAUUAGUUUUCGAAGUGGAGUUAAAAGGAGUACAUUAGAUUUAAAAAUUCCUUAAAUUGUUUUGUUUAGUAUCUAGAAUUAAAACUUUGCAGCAGUACGCAUACAAAUUUUUCAUUAAAUGUUUCUUAUAAGUUAAAGAUCUGUUGCUUUUGAUAUUUUUUGUUUGAUGCAGUAAUUUAUAUUAAAAAGCUGAAACAUAUGUACUAAUAUUCUAAUUAAAUUGAACAGUUAUGUUCCAUUUAUUGUUUAUGAAUACACUAGAAAUAUAUGAAAUAUAUACGAAGUAUCCUUUUGUAAAA